AUGCAAUCAAUGGAUGAGAAGAUGAGCGUCGGAUGCGAUGAUAUGGAGCUGUAUUUGCAUCACUUCGACGAGUCCUCAAAGAAAGCGCUGGUUCUUAAUGUCGGGGGUAUUCGUCACGAAACCUAUAAGGCUACGCUUAAGAAGAUUCCGGCGACUCGACUGUCCCGACUCACAGAAGCGCUCGCGAACUACGAUCCGGUACUCAAUGAAUAUUUCUUCGAUCGACAUCCGGGCGUUUUCGGUCAAAUACUAAACUACUACCGGACAGGAAAGCUUCACUACCCGACCGACGUGUGCGGACCCCUUUUCGAAGAGGAGCUCGAGUUCUGGGGUCUCGACUCGAAUCAAGUGGAGCCGUGUUGUUGGAUGACAUACACUCAGCACAGGGACACUCAGGAAACGCUGGCCGUAUUGGACAGACUAGACUUGGAUACAGAGAAGCCCAGCGACGAAGAGAUCGCCCGCAAGUUCGGGAUGGAAGACGACUACUUGAACGGCACACUCAGCUGUUGGCAACGGCUUAAGCCAAAACUCUGGUCCCUUUCAGACGAGCCCUACUCAUCAAAUGCUGCUAAAGUGAUUGGCGUAAUGUCAGUAUUUUUCAUAUGUGUGUCAAUCCUAUCAUUCUGUCUGAAAACUCACCCCAAUAUGAGAGUACCGAUGAUUAGGAAUAUCACUGAAACCUGCAGUUUGGUUUGUGUCAGAACCCAAAACCUAUUCUGUGAUUGCUUAGGUGUGCUCCGGAAGAAGAUGUAG